AUGAUCCCCCUCCCCCUCCUUACCCUCCCGCCCCUACAGCACCCCCGGUGCCCCCAGCCCCGGCACUCCCAGCACCGCCAGCCCCGGCACCCUCAGUCCCUGAUGCUGAGGCAGUGGGGCCGGCUCCAGGACCUGCCCAGGGAACUUGGCGCCGCCGAGGGGCCACCUUGGACCCACCGGGAACCAGAACCCUCCCGAGUUAAUCAAAGGUGGCUUACUGAAGCCCGGAAGCAGACUGUGACGCAGAUCCCGGUCCCUACUACUCCGCGCCAAGUCCGCGAAUUUCUGGGAACAGCAGGGUUCUGUAGAUUAUGGAUACCCGGAUAUGCCACCUUAGCCGCCCCCCUGUACCCCCUAACCAAAGGGGCAGCCCCAUUUGUUUGGGGACCUGAACAGCAACAGGCCUUUGAUGAGAUCAAGAAGGCCCUCCUGUCGGCACCCGCUCUGGCCUUGCCAGACGUGACUAAGCCGUUCGUCCUUUUUGUGGAUGAACGGAGUGGAGUGGCUCAGGGAGUGUUGACCCAGCAAUGGGGACCUUGGAAGAGACCUGUCGCCUAUUUGUCAAAAAAAUUAGACCCAGUAAGUAGCGGAUGGCCUGCCUGUUUGAGAGUAGUGGUGGCCGUGGCCCUCCUAGUUAAAGAUUCUGACAAGCUGACACUGGGACAGAAACUUACUGUGGUUGCUCCGCAUGCGUUGGAGAGUGUAAUUCGGCAGCCACCCGAGAGAUGGAUGUCGAAUGCCAGAAUGACUCACUACCAAACCUUACUCCUGAAUCGUGAUCGUGUGGAGUUUGCCCCCCCUGCCAUUCUAAACCCGGCCACUCUGCUUCCCGAUUCAGGGAAGGAAGUGCUUCAUACCUGCCAGGAAAUCCUGGCUGAGGAGACAGGCACCCGCCAGGACUUGCAAGAUCAGCCCUUAGGAGGACCGGGACUCCUGACUUGGUAUACGGACGGGAGCAGUUACAUCAUGGAUGGUAAGAGAAUGGCUGGAGCUGCAGUAGUAGAUGAUGACCGGAUUAUAUGGGCCAGUGGACUCCCAACGGGCACCUCUGCACAGCGAGCAGAACUCAUCGCCCUGACUCAGGCCCUAAGGAUGGCAGAAGUAAACGUGAGCAAAAAUCAAGCAAUAUCUGGAAAAAGACUUCGAGGAGAUCGCCCAGGAGCUUAUUGGGAAGUUGACUUCACUGAAAUUAAGCCUGCUAAGUAUGGAUAUAAGUACCUUCUAGUUUUCCUAGACACAUUUUCAGGAUGGACAGAGGCGUUCCCCACAAAAACUGAGACAGCCCAGACGGUGUCUAAAAAGAUCCUUGAAGAGAUAUUUCCCAGAUUUGGGAUCCCAAAGGUAAUCGGCUCCGACAACGGCCCUGCCUUUGUUGCCCAGGUAAGUCAGGGAUUGGCCAAGAUCCUGGGGACGGAUUGGAAAUUGCAUUGUGCAUACAGGCCCCAGAGCUCAGGACAGGUAGAAAGGAUGAACAGAACUCUAAAAAAGACCUUGACUAAAUUGUCCAUAGAGACUGGCUUAUGUGAUUGGUUAGUCCUCCUUCCCUUUGCCCUGUUUAGAGUCAAGAACACUCCCGGCUGCUUUGGACUAACGCCUUUUGAAAUAAUGUUUGGGGCCCCGGCCCCGCUUCAGUCAGCACAUCUUCAUACAUUCCCUGAGUGUGCAACUAAUAAGUUUUUGCUUGAAAGGUUACGAGCCUUGGAGGCUGUGCAGAAAGAGGUGUGGGCCUCCAUCAAGGAAGCCUAUCGGCCAGAGGACCUCUCAGUGCCUCACCAGUUCCAGGUGGGGGACCCCGUCUACGUGAGAAGGCACCGGACAGGAAACCUCGAGCCACGGUGGAAGGGAUCUUUCAUCGUCCUCCUGACUACUCCCACAGCUGUGAAAGUAGACGGCGUCUCUUCCUGGAUACACGCUUCACAUCUAAAGAAGGCACCCCCGUCGGACUCGGACUGGCGAGUAACUCGGACUGAUAAUCCUCUUAAGCUUCUCUUGUGUAAAAGGAACUAUGUUGUUAGUAAUUCUAAUGCUCCUGCUGUUUCCAACCCCCCAGAGCCUUAAUCCUCAUGUCCCUUAUCUGCUUACCUGGAAAGUAGGAAAUGGGCAGACCCAAGAAGAGUAUAAUCACAC